CAGUGAAACACAACCCAAACGUUGUUUGACUUACUCGAAGUCAUUGUAUCUCUUUAGAGUUGUGCUUGGGGUCCCAUCUGGUGCAAAAGGCCCUGCACAAACCACCAGUUUGUUGAAGAUAAAGAUAGCCAUAGAGGGCAGUUAUGGUCCAUUCUGCAGUGUAAUGGUGGAGAGGUUUGGUUGCCGGACGACGGUGAUGGUGGGUGGGGUCCUGAGUGGUCUUGGAAUGGCGGCCAGUUCAUUUACCCACACCAUCACUGAGCUCUACGUCACAGCUGGGGUUAUUACAGGACUUGGAUUCUGCUUCAGCUUCCAGCCCGCAGUGACUAUUCUUGGGCAGUAUUUUGUGCGGCGGUGGGCUUUCGCCAACGCAAUGUCGUCCACGGGCACUGCCCUGGGCCUGUGCACCCUGCCCCUCCUGGGAAACUACCUCCACACUGAGCUGGGCUGGCGGGGGAGCUUUCUGGUUCUGGGGGCCGUCCUGCUCAACUGCUGUGUGUGUGGAGCUGUGAUGAGGCCUCUGUGGAGCCACAGACUGAUGAACCACGGGCCUCUUCAGCCGGAGGAGGAGAAGCCAAAGGGGAGUAUGAGGGCAUUGUGGGGUGGCCUGAAUGCCGCCUUGCACCAUCACAUGGCCUUUGACCUCUUAUGUAACAACCUGCGUUACCGCGUUUUCUCUGUGGGCAUCACUUGGAUGAUGCUUGGCUUCUUGGUGCCGCUGAUCUACCUUGUGCCCUACGCCAUGGCUCUCGACAUGGAGCAGAGCCGGGCCGCCCUUCUCCUCUCCAUUCUGGGUAUCGUCAACAUCAUGGUGCGGCCGUCCAUUGGCCUGCUCUUCAGUCUGCCCUGGUUCAAUGGGCGCUACAUCUACGUGUUCUCUGCUGCUGUGCUGAUGAACGGACUGAGUAAUUGUAUCUGCUGUAUUGAUGCCAGCUUCCAUGUGCUGCUGGUGUACGUGCUGACCUAUGGCCUGUCCAUGAGCGUGGUGGGCUCACUGAUAUUCACUGUCCUCAUGGAUAUGUUGGAUAUGAGUCGCUUCCCCGCUGCCCUGGGCCUGCUCGCCAUCAUGGAGAGUGUCACGCUACUGAUCGGGCCCCCGCUUGCAGGUACCGAACUCCCUGAGGUGUGUGUGUGUGUGUGUGUGUGUGUGUGUGUGUGUGUGUGUGUGUGUGUGUGUGUGUGUGUGUGUGUGUGUGUGUGUGUGUGUGUGUGUGUGUGUGUGUGUGUGUGUGUGUGUGUGUGUGUGUGUGUGUGUGUGUGUGUGUGUGUGUGUGCGUGUGCGCCUCCCCUACAUGAGAACCAGGCGAGGAGAUGUCCUAUUCAAUGAUGAACACAUUCAUCAAGUAAGUGUUGUAGUGUAACUUGAAGUAGUGCUAGGCUUAACACAGGCUGUGGUCAGAGGCAAGGAGCAUAUCCUGUUGCUUGGAUUCCACGGACAUCCAACCAAUCAUGUGUGUGUGCUCAUGCCUGUUUGUGCAUGUUUCAGGGGGUCUUAAAGACAAACUUGAAUAAGAAUGGAAUUUUCAGCUCCCUCUUUCCUGGGGAGGGGGCAUUCCAGCUCAAAUGUCAGGUAUGCAACCUACUUCUGUCUGACUGCUUAUGUAGUUGGUUGUGUUUCACUGUGCAAUGGUAGAAUCAAAGACGGCAUAGUAUGGAACUGCUUUUCCAAUAGAAAUCCCAGAUCACACUUGCAGGCAAUGUCAUGGCGACUUUGGCCAGCUAAGCUCGUGCAUAAACACAUCAUUGGAUCUAACGAUCAUCUUGCGCCGAACUGUGCAUGUGCAGGCUGUCAAAAUCAAAGGCACACCUUCGAUAUAGUUGUUUAUGACAAAAAUGGAAACGUGUCACUUUCACCAGGUUGGAGUAAUAACAUGUUCAACUGCUUAAGGCAUUGGCUCUAGUCUAGGUUGUGCCUUUUACAAAAUGAACAACUAAGGAAGAAUGUUUCACUUCUCUCAUUGAGUUCUCAAACCCCAGUCUGGUCUGCUUUACAAGCGUUUCCGGAAGUCAUACGAUGUUGCGCCUCUGGGUUUAAGAAGUUCAGGGGAAAUACUCUGUUAUUGUUGCAGUUAUUCCCUUAUGUCAUCAUGAACUGUCUGUCAUGCACUGCUGGGGCUUUACUCAUGCUGAUUGGCUCCUGAUAUUGUUGUUUAU